GGAUGAACAUUAGAAAGCCGGUGAUCAAAUCCGCGCUGCAGGACCAUGGAUUACCAGCAUUUCAUGGGGAGAUCCAUGAGAAUGAAAGAGUAGUCCAGCUGAAACCAGAACUGGCAGCUACUGAUGCAGAUACAGCAGGAGACGGAAUGUACAUCUGCAAAUACAUCAUUGUAAACAACAAGCAUCACCCAAGAACAAAACCACUGCCCUUUGAGGUUGUGGUCACCAACAAUGUCACCGGAGCUGCAGAAGUACAUGUCAGAGAGGGCGAAAUGCUAGAUUAUGAAGAGCAUCCAUAUUAUAAGUUUGGAGUAGUUGCUGAGGACUGUGGGAAACCCGCCCUGCGGUCAUCCAAGGCCUACAUCAUGAUUAAAGUCUUGGAUGUGGAUGAGUUUGCUCCCAAGUUUGAUAACGAGUCAUAUUUUGCUGAAGUGGAAGAAAAGAAGAUCUAUGAUUCCAUUGUCAAGAUCCAUGCCUCGGAUGAGGACAAAUCUUCUAAUUUUGGCACCAUCUGCGGCUACGAGCUUCUCACCACCGGCGUUCCUUUUAAUAUUACACCAGAAGGAGAUGUCAGGAACACGGAGCCUUUGGAUUACAGUCGGCACAGGAACUUUAUACUGGAGAUUAUUGCCACCGACUGCGGAGGGCGCAAGUCCCCGCCAGUGUUUGUUAAUUUGGCAGUGAAGGAAAAAUGCCAGAGCAGCUGGCGAGGCCUGCAUGAUGUUAUCAAGUACAGAGCUGGCUCAGGGCAGCAGAGGUUUGCUGAGGGGGCCAGUUUGAGUCUGUGUGAUGGGGACUGCAAGCCCAGCCAGGUGAACGUCAAGAUCACGUUGACCACCCAGCACAUAGGCAAAGGCUGUGAUCGAGACACCUAUUCUGUGAACUCCCAAAGGAAACUGUGUGGUGCUAGCGGAGAAAGUGUGGACCUUCUCCCAUCUCCAGACAGUUCUGGGUGGUCCCACAACAUCCCGACAGAUGAUGGACAUGAAAUGGACCAAGUGUUCUCCUUUGAUGGACAGAACAAUGCCCUGGAAGUGCCGGAAUCUGUGUUUAACCACAUGCUGCAUGAUCAGUUUACCAUCUCUGCUUGGUUGAGGCAUGGGGAGUCUUUGGCCUCCAGUCAAGCCAAGGCACCAAAGGAACAUAUCUUCUGCAUGUCGGAUGGAAAUGGUAUGAAUCGUCACCAUUAUGGUUUGUACAUCCACGGACAAAAACUAGUGCUGCUGCUGCGCAAGGAAGCAGAGGAUGUGAAAUCAUCCGAGGACAUGCAGACAUUCCGACCUGCCGAGUUUCGCUGGAAAAUCCCCCAUGUUACCGAUGACAGAUGGCAUCACUAUGCUGUCAGUGUGGAUAUCAAACAAGAGAGCAGUGAUGGAGGAGUGAAACUCUACAUUGAUGGCAAACUGCUGCCUGUGGACAAGGACAACUUUGAGAUCGUCGAUGACUGGCCUCUCCACAAAACCACAAAAGUUCACACCACUAAGCUGACAGUCGGUGCCUGCUGGCAAGGAGCUGACAACACAUUUAACCACUACUACAAGGGCUAUAUGGCUGGGCUGUUUGUCUUGAAGGGGAAAACUGAAAGUGAGCGAAUCAUCAAGUGCUUGAAUAACUGUAAGGAGAACUUGGACUUCCAUGCCAUCAGCGACAUGUCCAGUGGAACUAGUGUGAGCUUCAACAGCGAGAUGACGGAGUUCACCAUCAGCAGCCGAAGUGUGGAGGAGGUGAACAGGCUCAUGGGACAGGUGACAUAUGUGAACACUCGUACCUACCCAACCCCUGGAUACCGGACACUUACCAUUGAGACCUCUGUCAUUUGUGAAGGCCAGACUGUGGUCCUUCCUCUGCUGGAGAAGAGGAUCUUGGUGGAGGAACAGCAGGAGCCGGUGUUUGUCAUCACUGGAUACUCCAAUUUGACCCGCAUGGUGUAUGAGUUUGAGAGGGGUCUGCGGGUGUUCCAUGACAUACACAUCUUCGCCCGAUCCCAACCUCUUGAAGAGACUGUAGAUGAAGAAGAUGGUAGCGAUAAGGCCGCCAAUAUGGCUAAAAAGCUAUCAAAGUCUCUUAUUCAACAAGAAGCAGAGUCCAAGGAUGAUGCUUUCAUGAUUGAUGAGUGCCAUGUGAAGGCAGACCCUCCCCUGAACCUCUUCAUCGAACAUUUGUCCUUUCCCACUCAACUGAUGGAGAAGCAUGGUCUUGAGUGGACAGAGACAAAUGAUGGGAUUGUCAUCCGGAAUGCUGACACGAUCCCCAACUAUGAAACUGUUAUCCAGAACAUCCACUACUAUCAUAACAAACCUGAGGAUCUGGCCAACCGAACUUUGACCCUAUACUGCUCCAGUCAGAACCAGCGCUUCAUCAGUACCAAGUUCAUUGAGAGGCUGGUCGCAGUGCAUCAAUCUGCCCCUGCCCCACAUGCCGCAAAUGCCCAGAAUAAUGCUCACAAUGUGCGACAGACCCUGAAGAAAGCCAAUCCUGAUAGUCUGCAUGCUCUGGGAGCAGCCAGCUCAAAUCUUGGCAUGGUGGCCAUCAUCGUGGUGUGUGUGGGCUUUUUGCUGUUCAUGAUCAUCCUGGGCGUCAUCCGCAUCCGGGCGGCGCACCGACGCACCCAGGUUGUGCAGGUGGAGGAGAAGCAGGAAAUGGAGUGGGACAACUCCUCUCUGAACAUCACUAUCAACCCCAUGGAGCAGGAGUAUGAAGACGGGGCCAAGCCAACCUUCCCAGAAGACAGCGACAGCGAUGAGGAUGAAGAGAGCAGCAUGCAGGGCGACUAUGGGGACAGCACCGAGGAUGAGGAGCCCGCCCCUCCCAAGAAGGUGCCAGUCAGCAACGAGCUGGAGUGGGACCAUGCCAGCUUCUGA